CGUACCACACUUGUCAUCUUCUCGUAACUCCUUUCUCGAAUGUAAUCGACAUUCCACAGUGAUCGGAGCAAUCGACAUUCCACUUCUUCUGGAUCCAGAAGAGAAGACAUGAUGCCAUUGAUUUAGCAACGGAAGGGAACCAACCGACAUAUGUUUGAGUUAGGAGAGAAUGGAUUCCAGGCAUGGUAAAGUUAGAUUGAAAGUAGAAAGUGAUAGACUAAGCAAUUUGCCAAACGAUCUUAUCCAUAAAAUCCUCUCUUUUAUUGACGUUAAAUAUGCGAUCCGAACAAGUGCUUUGUCAUCUAGAUGGAGGUAUAUCUGGACUUCAAUGCCCUGUCUUAAUUUCUCAAGUGAGGGUUUCCAUUCGUUGCCCGAGUUCUCCAAAUUUGUUACACGUGUUCUGUCUACCCGAAACAAUAAAACAGAAGUGCAUUAUGUCAAGCUGGCUUUUUGUGGAAAGGCUAGCGAGGCAUUUGUCAAAAGAAUUUUGAAAUAUGCAUUUUCCCACAAUGUCCAACAGCUGGACGUUACUUGCUUGCCUGGAAAGAAGGGGUAUCAUGAGGAUUUAUGCGAAUCCCCUCUUUCUGUCUUUAGUUCUCAGUCUCUCAAAAAUCUGACGAUGUCUGGGUAUGGUUACAGACAUUUCAUUAUGUUCCCACCUACUUGGUACUUACCUGCUUUAACAACAUUGAAUCUACUUUGUGUCGCAAUGAAUUAUGAUGACACUACUGACAAGUGUGCUGGUCUUUUAUCCAAUUGCGCAAACUUGAAGAAUCUCACCUUAAACAAUUGCAGAAUUCCGGGGGGUCAAUCGAAGGAUCUCCAUCUAUGCCAUCUUGGACUAUCUAAUCUAACACUUGAAGAUGGUGGUUAUAAUGCUGUCUAUGUGGAUACACCUCAACUUAAGAAAUUCACUAUAAUAAAUUGGCCAGGGAUACGUUUGGUUUCCGCACCCAACCUUGCCUCCUUGCGUUAUAAAGAUGAUACAAAUAAUUAUUUUGGUAAUCCUUUGAAGGUUUCUUCCGACCUUCUUCAUUUGGAAAAGGUGGAUAUAUGUAUUCAAUGUUCCCAUGAAUGUAAGGAUUACGCUCAAGAUAUUGUUCGUCUGCUUCAACAACUCCGUAGUGUCAAAUUUCUUACACUUAACUUGGAACUUCUCAAGCUUCUAGUUUCAUCAGUGGAACUAAUCUCAGAUCAACCUUCGCCAUUUACCGACUUAAAGAGUUUAAAGAUUUAUCCAGCUGAUAUUACCAAGCCAGAAGUAACCAUGUCUACUGAGGUCAAAAACUUUUUGCUAGAUAGUUCUCAUGGUGCCACCUUUACACCGGUUUCAUAUGAGGAGGUUCGAGCUGUUAGGAAUGUUGCAUCAGCAGAAAACCUUAUGAGAAAGUUGCAGGUGCUACUAGAUAAGUGGACAGAAAAUAGUGAAAUAAAUACGACUGAUAUGGAGCAGGACAAGGCACCAAUGGAAAGCCAAACGGCAACAAUGCAUGAGCAAGUGGAAGUUGAGAACGAAAGGGCAUUUCCGGACACGAAAAUCAAAUGGCAUUUUGGGGAAAGAAUGACACAUAUCGAGAGCUAUUGGGAAGGUCUGAAUGAGCAGUAUGAGAAAGGGUAUGAAAAUACUGGUCACACAAUUUCAAUGUUGCGGGAGAUUAAAGUGAUACUGACAAAGUUGCCUGCAUCAUAUCGGGAUAAGUUGGAAGGAAGGUUUUCUGGUUUGUGUGUAGAGGCUGAGACAAUCAUGGAUAAUGUGAUGGAUUGUAUGAAGAUCAAAUGCGGUAAGACGCCACAUCGUUCAAAUGUCUCCUCUCAUGAACUUGUUACGUCACCACAGCGAUCUUCUUGACAAAUUGUUAGUUGGGAUGCUCACGCUUUAUAUUUCUUGUGUUAAUGGACUUUAAACAAGGAUAUGUUUUUUUUUUUUUUUGCCUGUUCACUUAUGAUACUUACCUACCAGAUGAUCUAAGGGGACGUUUGGUUCG